CCUCUGCCAUGCCCGGGACGCUGCCGUCGAUCCUGCACACCGCUGUCAACGCGAUCGACGCGACUGGUCGGACGCAGCUCUCACACGCGUGCGCAAGCGGGGACUAUGAACUCGUGAAGAAGCUUCUUCUCGACCCCAAGGUCGACAUUGCGCUCGAGGACGACUCGGGCAUGUCGCCCGUCGAAUACGCCGAGAAGUUCAAGCACGUCAACUGCGCGGCUUUGCUGCGCAACGAAGCCCACUACCGCGCCAAGGACUCUUCCAACGCGUUCCUCACGAGCCUCCGCGCCGAGCUCAUGGUCGCUAAUGGCGCCGACUUUGACGAGCGCCUCUUCCACCAAGCAGUCGAGAACGACCCCGCCGCUGCCGCCAAGUACCUCGACCAGUUCGUCUCAAGUGGCCGGUACGACUAUACUUUUACGCAGCUCGACGCGAUCUGCGGCCGGAAGAACGUCAAGUCGUCGGCCUUGUACUCCGUCUUGAACGACUCGAUCGUGGACGACGGUGGCGCCAAGCACGACCUUUUGCAGCACGUCGUGCUGCAGCGUGUGCUGGACGUCAAGUGGGAGCUCUUUGGUGCGCGAAAGUACUACCAGCAGCUGCUCUUGUACAUUCUCAUGCUCGGCGCCGUGCUCACGACGGUCACGUUCGACUUUCGGCUGCGGGCCGCCGUCGUCGCGUCGCGAGCCGUCCAAGCGAGUGACGAGGUCGAGCGCGCUCAGAAUCUCAUCGACUCGUUUCCCGCGCAGCUCACGCUUUGGCUCGCGGCGCUCGUCUUUGCAUUUUUUGCGUUCAUCCAUCUGCGCCAUCUCAAGCCGCGCAAGUUUACCAAGCUCACGCGCUGGAUGUACGACGGCAAGUACGUCUUUGACCCGGCUUUUGCGAUCCCCGAGGCUGCUGUGUACAAGGCCCAGGCCAAAGCGUGGCUGCUCCGACGCACGCUUCUCUGGACGAUCCUGGUUGCAACGCCGAUCGUCGUGGUGUACGCUCUUGAGCGCCGCGCUGGCAACAACAUGGGCGAUUUGGUGCUCGCGGCGACAGCCUUCCUCGGCUACUGGCUCCUCGCCUUUUACUUUCUGCAUCUCGAAGUCAAGGAGCUUCUCGGCGAAGACCCGUGGCUCGUCCAGCGCCGGGCCAACGCCAACCUUAUUGGCAAGCUCUUUUGGUCGAUCGUCAUCGUCUUGUACGUGCCGAUCACGCCGUUUUUGGUGUCAUACCGAAACUCCAAGUGCUCACGUACCUCUGCAUGCUCGGCCCCUUCUUCUGGCUCCAGCUGA